AUGAUUGUCAACCGACAGCUGGGCAGAAACGGUCCAACAGUUCCGGCCUUGGGCCUCGGUCUGAUGGGGAUGUCCUUUUGGGUCUAUGGCUCGAUUCCCAGCGAUGAGGAACGGUUCAAGGUCCUCGAUCGUGCCGUGGAGCUGGGAGAGACAUUCUGGGAUACAUCCGAUCUCUAUGGCGACAAUGAGGAGCUACUGGGCAAGUGGUUCCGACGCACCGGAAAGCGCGACCAGAUCUUUCUCGCGACCAAGUUCGGCUCACCAAACCCCGUCGACUGGACCGAGGCCAGUAUUGCUAACCAGCUUUCUCCCUCAGACUAUUUGCACAGUCCCAACCCACAGACUCCCAUCGAGGAGACCAUGAGAGCUAUGGUAGAGCUGCAGGCAGAAGGCAAAAUCAAGCACAUUGGUGUGUCUUCCGUGUCUUCCGCGACCCUUCGGCGCGCAUGCAAGAUCGCCAAUGUCGUGGCCGUCCAAACCGAGUAUUGUGUGUUUUCACGCGAUAUUGAGGGCCCAGCAGGCACGAAUCUCCUGGCAACCUGUCGGGAACUUGGGGUGGCGCUUGUGGCUUCCUGUCCCCUUGGACGCGGGGUCCUCACGUCCACUUUCAGCGCGGGUGAGCCAGUCGGCGACAGUGAGGAUAAGCGACCAAAGAUCAUACCGAAGUUUCUAGAAGAGAACCGUGAGCGCAACGUCAAAGUUGCCAGUCAGUUCGCGGCACUGGCGGCGAAGAAAGGUUGCACUGCAUCUCAACUGGCACUCGCCUGGCUCUUGAAACAAGGGGACGAUAUUCUUGCCAUUCCAGGGACGAGAAGGGUCAAGUAUUUGGAGGAGAACUGGGCUGCUCUCCAGAUUUUGCUGACGGACGAGGAAGAAGCCGAGAUCAGAGCAUUUGCAGAGGAGAAUGAAAUGGCUGGUGGCCAGGUUCCUGACAUGUUCGUGGAGUAUCUCUAUCGCGAUACUGUGGAGGAGAAUUGA